AUAAAAUAUGAAAAGGCAGCUCACAAAUGGGCCUGCUCGUCAGAUGGGGGCUGGUGUGGCAUGACAUCACUACCCAGCUGUUCUCAUUCAGGCUCUGUGUGUGUGAGAGAGAGAGACAGAAGAGGGAGGAGGCCAGUAGAAAUGAUCUGCCGAGAGUGAUUCUUAGUCACCGGGCCCUGUUUUCUCCCAACAGGAAGAAACAAUGAGGACUGCCUGACACCAAAGCCUCACUGCAGUAAGUAUGAACUGACCCUACCAACUGUAGCAUCUCUUCUACCCUGCUUACCAUGGCAAGGCGAGAGUCCAGCAGCAGUCCUGUGGUCCGGCAGAUAGACAAACAGUUCCUUGUAUGCAGUAUCUGCCUUGACCAUUACCACAACCCUAAAGUUCUGCCUUGCCUACACACAUUCUGUGAAAGGUGUCUUCAGAAUUACAUUCCUCCGCAGUCUCUGACAUUGUCAUGCCCUGUGUGCAGACAAACCUCUAUCCUCCCAGAGAAAGGUGUGGCUGCUCUACAGAAUAAUUUCUUCAUUACCAACCUAAUGGAGGUGCUGCAGCGUGAACCAGAAUGCUCUUGUCCGGAGUCCUGUAGCGUUCUUGGAUCAGUGAGUGCAGCAGUGGCAGCAAAACCUCUGUGUUGCCCUAACCAUGACGGCAAGGUAAUGGAGUUUUACUGCGAGUCUUGUGAAACAGCCAUGUGCCUGGAGUGCACAGAGGGGGAACAUCGAGAACAUAUGACCGUGCCAUUGAGAGAUGUUGUAGAGCAGCAUAAGGCAGCACUGAAGAACCAGCUUGAUGCCAUCUGUAGCAGAUUGCCUCAGCUGACCGCUGCCAUAGAACUUGUGAACAAGAUAUCCAAACAGUUGGCAGAACGAAAGAAUGAAGCAGUUAUGGAAAUCAACAGUACCUUUGAAGAGUUGGAACGAGUGUUACAUGAUCGCAAGAACACCCUCAUAAACGAUCUAGAGAACAUCUUCAGUGCCAAACAGAAGGUUUUGCAUACCCAAUUGACAUCUCUCCUGCAAGGCCAAGAAAAUAUCCAAAGCAGCUGCCGCUUUACAGAGCAAGCCCUUAGCCAUGGCAGUGCUACUGAAGUACUGCUUGUGCGCAAACAGAUGAGUGAGAGGGUCAAUGCUCUGGCCCGGCAGGACUUCCCUGAAAGACCACAUGAGAAUGACCACCUUGACUGCCUCCUGGAGACAGAGGGACUUCGACGAUCCAUUCAAAACCUUGGUGUGCUUCUGACCACCAGCUCUGUAGGCCACACUAGUGUGGCAACAGGAGAUGGACUGAGACAUGCCCUUGUAGGACAUCAGACAACCGUCACAAUCACGACAAAGGAUAAAGAUGGCGAACUGGUUAAAAUGGGCAAUGCCAUUAUCCGUGCUGAAAUUACAGGACCUAAUGGUUUCUAUACUGAAGCAGAAGUGGUGGACAACAAGAACGGCACCUAUGAAAUUGUCUAUACACUUAAAUCAGAGGGUGAGUUCACCCUUUCAUUGCUGCUCUAUGAUCAGCCCGUACGUGGCAGUCCUUUUCGCUUACGCUGCGUGAAAGCGUCUGAAGUACCACAGUCUCCAGAUGACGUUAAACGGCGUGUCAAGUCACCCAGUGGUGGUGGUCAUGUUCGUCAGAAAGCUGUCCGAAGGCCCUCCAGCAUGUACAGUUCAGGAAAGAAAAAAGAAAAUCCUAUUGAGGAUGAAAUGAUCUAUAGAGUGGGGACAAGAGGUCGUGAAAAAGGGGAAUUCACAAACCUACAGGGAAUCUCUGCUUCUGGAAAUGGAAGGAUAGUCGUAGCAGACAGCAACAACCAGUGCAUCCAGGUCUUUUCAAAUGAUGGACAAUUCAAACUGCGCUUUGGGGUGAGGGGACGUUCUCCUGGUCAGCUGCAGCGCCCCACUGGAAUUACUGUUGACAUGAAUGGAGACAUUAUAGUAGCAGACUAUGACAACAAAUGGGUCAGCAUCUUUACCUCUGAUGGAAAGUUUAAGAAUAAAAUUGGAGCUGGUCGGCUAAUGGGACCCAAAGGUGUAGCCGUUGAUCGUAAUGGUCACAUCAUUGCUGUGGAUAACAAGGCUUGCUGUGUUUUCAUUUUCCAAUCCAAUGGGAAGCUUGUCACAAAAUUUGGAGCAAGAGGAACAUCAGACAGGCAGUUUGCAGGUCCUCACUUUGUGGCAGUGAAUAACAAAAAUGAAAUUGUGGUGACAGAUUUUCACAAUCAUUCAGUUAAGGUAUACAGUGCAGAUGGAGAGUUCUUGUUUAAAUUUGGGUCUCACGGUGAAGGAAACGGGCAGUUUAAUGCUCCAACUGGAGUUGCUGUUGACGCAAAUGGCAACAUAAUUGUAGCAGACUGGGGAAACAGCCGGAUACAGGUAACCAAACAGAACUGUAUCGUCUCUAUAGGUGAAGCUUCAAUCUAAAGUAGACCACUUACU